AUGGCGUGGUCCAUGCCUACUUCGGGUCAAUGGAAUCCCAGUUUUACUGUUUCGCCAGACAUGAAUAUGGGUUCUUAUACACCUGAACAAUGGGCACUUAUGCAGCAACAGAAUUGGCAGCAGUGGGCGCAGUGGCAACAACAGUAUGCACAAUGGCAAACCCAAUAUGGUGAUAAGUACACGCAGCAAAUGCAGGCUAUGCAAGCUAUGGCUGGUUGUCCACCAGCCCCUCCUUCUAGUGCCGCGCCUCCACCAGCUCCGCCUCCGCCUGAUAAGCCACCACCACCGCCUCCUCAUGAAAACGAUCAACCAUUAUAUGGAAAACCGAAAACGAAUGUUACUCCUGUUCCCACUCUUGAACAGUCUCAACAUAAUACACAAAGAGAACACAAUGAUCUUACCAUAAGUGGCAAUAAUCAAAAUUGGUCUUAUGCGCCUGAUUCCCAUUCUGAGACCCAGGCAAUGGGAUCAUCUGUCAAUAUUGAGGCAUUAAAAAAACUUGCAGAAGAGGAGAGAUUAUUUGACAUACAAUUUAAAAAGUGGGAGGAGGAAAUACAAAAAUGGAAAAGAGAAAAUGUUAACCAUCCAGACAAGCAAGCGUACAAUGAAUAUGAGCAAAAGUUUGAAGCAUGCAGAGCUCAAUUGUUGGAACGCCGUAAUCAAAUGAAACAAAAAAGAGCCCGUCUUAUGGGUAAUGUUUCUCAAGUGCCCAAUACUCCAAACACAGGUAAUAUUCCAGUAGAUAUACCUCCUCCAGUGCAAAAUACUAAUUAUCCCCAAAAUGUACAAUCUAAUUUAAUGCAAAAAAAUAGUCCUGUGCAUACUUUUGCAAAUCCUACUGGCAUGCAAUAUUCAUCCCAGAAAUACAAUAUGGCUCAACAUCCAACUUCAAAUAUUAAUAAAAAUAGUAGCAAAAUACAAGAUAAACAGGAAAGAUAUGAAUCAUUUCAAAAAGUCAGUGAAGAGUAUGUUUCUACUCAGUCUUUUACAAACUCUAAUUUUUUACCUACAAAUCAAUCGAAAGGUAUACCGGGCUUAGAUCUAGUACCAGAGGGUGAAAGGCCUGUUCCUGGUAAAAAACAAGAAGUAGUAGAUAUAACAGACGAAAAUAAUCUAAAUAUGCAACACCAACCAAAGUCUCAAGCACCUGACUAUUCAAAAAUAUCAAAAGGAAUCAACAAUAUCCUUGGUGAUGAAAAAAUUAUGAAUAUAUUGUCUAUGAUGUCGCACCAAAAGCCUGGUCAUAAUGAAGCUAAUAUUGGGGUAAAUAGACAAGAUGGUAAACAAUGGACUGGAAAUUACAAGAAUUACAAAAAUGAUUAUAAUGAUCAACAAAAUAUUAAUAUGCAGUACAAUCAACAAAACACUACUGACUAUUCAAAUAUUAGAGAUCAAGUUGCAACUACUAAUUAUUCUGAGCCUACUUAUCACAAUAAUUAUGCAAGAGAAGAAUAUAGACAGAAUGAUGUUUCACAGCAGCAUUACUUUGACGGCCCAAAUCAAUAUGGAAAUCAAAUGAUGCCUAGACAAAAUGUUCCUCAACCUAGACCUUUAAUGCAGAAUAUACCUCAGCACACUAAUGAAUAUUCCCCUUCCUAUGAAGCAUUUGAAAGUAAUAAAACUCAGGAGAUUGCUAAAUCAAUUAUACAACCACCAAAACCGAAGUGGGUUGAUGAACCUCUGUUCACACCAUCUAUUAUAGUUGACUAUGAGCACAAAUCUUUAAGAUUGAAAGCCCGUGAUUUUAUAGAACCUGUCCAUAUGUUUGAUUACAAUCAUAAGUCUAAAGAUAAUGAAACAAGCAGUCAGAAAGAUUUUGGGAAAGAAGUAGAUGAUUUGUUUUUAAGAAAAUCUCGUAGGUCAGAUGAUGAUGACUGGAAUAAUUUUGAUAGAAAUUAUGAGAAAAGACCAAUAAAAGAUGAUAUCAGAGAACGGUCAAAAGCAUAUGUUAGAGAAGAUAACGACAUAUAUAAUCGUCGAGGAAGUGAGCGCUACGACGAAAGAAGGCGGGACGAUCGUGAUCGAUUUGGACGAGACGAUUAUGACCGAAAAGAUAGAGGAAAUGACUUUGAACGAUUCAGAGAUGUUAGAGAUUAUGGAAGAGAACGAGAACCUUUUAGAGAACGGGAGCUAAUUAGAGAUCGAGAUUUGGGUAGAGAUAGAGAUCUGGGUAGAGAAAGGGAUCUAGGUAGAGAAAGGGAUCUAGGUAGAGAAAGGGAUCUAGGUAGAGAAAGGGAUCUAGGUAGAGAAAGGGAUCUAGGUAGAGAAAGGGAUCUAGGUAGAGAAAGGGAUCUAGGUAGAGAAAGGGAUCUAGGUAGGGAUAGAGAUUUGGGUAGAGAUUUAAUUCGUGAUAGAGAAUCUGGGAGAGAUAGGAAUCUUGUUAGAGAUAGGUUUAGAGAUAGAAGAGAUGAAUUAAGAAAUCGUAGUCGAAGUAAGGAUAAGGAUAGUCGUAAACGUGAACAUAGCAAAGAUAAUGAUUCUUUAGAUAGUUUCAAUUCAAAGAAAAGUCGAGAAACAAGAGAGGAGCCAACAAAACAUCAACCCGGUAAACCACAACAUGUAGUAAUGAUUGAUGAUUUGUUAGAACCUCCUGGACGAAGUAUGAGACCACAAAAAAUCGUUAUUAUCCUAAGAGGUGCUCCCGGCAGUGGUAAGUCGUAUUUAGCGAAACUAAUACGAGAUAAAGAAGCAGAACAUGGCGGCACUGUCAGGAUCAUGUCUAUAGACGACUAUUUCAUGCAAGAGGGUGAAAUUGAAGAAAAAGACCCUACCACAGGAAAAAUUGUAAAACGGCCAUCUCUGAAAUAUGAAUACGACGAGAGUUUAGAAGAGACAUACAUAACUUCCCUAAAGAGAGCUUUCAAACGUAGCAUUACUGAUGGUUAUUUCACAUUUUUGAUAUAUGACUCUGUAAAUGAACAACUAAAGAGUUAUGCAGAUAUUUGGAACUUUUCGCGCCAAAAUGGAUUCCAGGUCUACAUUUGUACGAUGGAAAUGGAUCCGCAAAUGUGCUUCAAGAGGAACAUUCAUAACAGGACUUUGGAGGACAUAGAAGUCAUUAUAUCUAGAUUUUUCCCAACUCCCACACACCACAUACAACUUGAUGCGACGACUUUGUUGCAAAGUGCGUCCAUUCCAGAGGUCCAUAUGGAAGACGCUGAUGACGUCACAAUGGAAGACGCUGAAAAUACUGAGGUUGAAAGUAGUUUUACGUCGAAAUGGGAGAAAAUGGACGACGCCGCGCAACUAGCUCGACUCGACGGCACCAACAAACCGCUCCGGCCCUCGCAACUUUCAAUGGAAGACUACCUACAGCUAGACGAAUGGAAACCCAACAAGGCUAAACCUGGCAAGAAAACUGUACGGUGGGCGGACAUUGAAGAGAGAAGAGAACAGGAGAAGAUGCGCGCUAUCGGUUUUGUCGUAGGACAGACGGACUGGACUCGAAUGACGGACCCUACUAUGGGGUCCAGUGCACUCACUCAGACUAAAUAUAUAGAGAGAGUUAGGCGAUUU